AUGCCGAAGAUACGGACAACAAGGACAAAACAACCGCCAGAAGGCUUUGAAGAGAUCGAGGGUAUUCUGGAUGACUAUGCAAAGAAGAUGCGCGACGCCGAGAAUGAGACGCAUGAAGGCAAGCGCAAGACAGAGUCGUUGUGGCCUAUCAUGCGUAUAUCACAUACUCGUUCACGGUACAUUUACGAACUGUACUACAAGCGCGAGGCAAUUAGCAAAGAACUCUAUGACUGGCUCUUGAAGGAAGGCUACGCAGAUGCGAACUUGAUUGCCAAGUGGAAAAAGCCAGGCUACGAGAAACUAUGCUGCAUCCGUUGCAUUCAGACCAGGGAUAUGAACUAUCAAGGCUCAACUUGCAUAUGUCGUGUUCCUAAAGCUCAGCUCCGAGCUGGCACAGUAGUGGAAUGUGUGCAUUGUGGGUGCCGUGGAUGCAGUUCUGACUCGUAA